ACAAGGACGUUUAGAACAAGAUGAAGGAUUAACAUUUCUACCAAAUACUAUACAUAAAGGUUUAAGUGGUUGUGCUUCACGUGGUCGUGGUCCUGGUAAAGCACCAAUUAUAAAUAAUAUUAACAACAGUAAUAAUUCUAACGCACUAACUACUGUACAAGAACAAACUUCACAUUUAUGGUCUAAUCGUGUAUGGCUUGCACAAUUAGGUCAAUGGCGUGGAUUAACCGGUGAAAUUGCACAUGCAAUCACUUUAGUUUAUCCAACUGCUCGAUCAUUUUAUAAUGCAUGUCAAUUAGCUGGAAUUCAAUCAAAUUCAAAUCACUCGACAGCAUCAUCCGCAUCAUCGUGUUCUAAUCGAAUGACCAAUCAUCCAUUUGAACUGGAAUUAGCUAAUUUAGAAAUACGUCGUGGUGUUGGUGUCCUAAUGACAAAACGACGUUUAGGUAUAGAAUUUGCUAGACGCCUGAUUAAAUUAUUCACAUCGACUAAUCCUAAUGAAAUUGUCAAUUAAAGAGAGAGAGGGUGAGAGAGAAUGUUUGCUGAUUUUACCUCUUUGUACAGAUUGAUUUGUGUACGAUUAUUAUUCACAUUUUUCUUCAAUGGUUUUUUCGCCAAAUAGUUCAUGUAUAUUUAUUGUAAAUUAACAUAACAG